GCCAACGCGCGAAGCGCGUGCCCGACUAAGCAACAGAAGACCGCCAGCGAGCGAAACGACGUUCCCUGUGAUCCGAGCGGCGGUCCGUCAGACCCGAUCAGCCACUGUCACGGAUACCGCGCGCGAGACGAGCGUCGGACUCACGAUAACCCCCUCUUUCCUGCUCCUUUCACUUCGCCCCGAUACCGAUACCGAUACCAGUCAACACCGGAUUCCCACCAGCAAAGGACAGCGAGAGCUUCUACAAUGCCGACGAUAUUUUCAAAGUGGCCCGCGGCCAAGGCCAAGCUCGAUAUCAACAAGACUGGCUCCCUCGGUCGGUACGGCGCUGGAAUCUCGUCCAACGACCUCGCCAACUUCUCGCCGACGAGCCAGGAUGCCAGACCACUACCAGAUCUUCCGCCGCAUGGGGACAGCGAAAACGGCUCGGUAGUGGGAACGAUGCCGACGUUUGACAGUGCCGUCGAGAUUGAGCAUACGCCGCAAAUGGAGCAGAUGCGCCAAGUCAGCAUGCCGACCGACUACCAGCAGCUUGAACCGAAGCGGACCAAGUCACAUGUCAGCAACUACGACGACUUUGGAGGGCCACUUGCGUCCAUCUCGGUCAAUGAGAGAGCCCCUUACCACACAGUGCCGGCAGGUGGGCAUCGCAGCGACGCCGCCUCGGCCACAAAGUCCAAACAGGUCCUGCCAAAGGCUUCGUCCCUGAAGACAUCCGCAGGGCCUAGCGGUCGUGUCACACAAGAGCCGUCCCUCUAUGGCUAUUCAACAGUCGGAUGGGAUGCGCCAAUGGACGAACAGAGGGCAGCAGAGCUGGUCAUGGCAUGUGGUGAUCAGAUUCGCAAGAGGGGUCUCGAUUCUCCCUUGAUCUUCUCGUCAAUGGCCUUGGACCUGUCGCUGCACAAUGUCAACUCUCUUCUACGGUCCUUCCUCUCUUCACCGACGACUGCUGCUCCCGAAGGCGCGCCCGACCGUCGAGGUCCGGGUCUGGCGGCUACCUUCUCGUCCGACAUUCGGUUUGCAAACGUGCACGACCUGGCAGCCGUCAUCAAAUGGGCCCUGGCACGUCUGGGCAGGGUCUUCACCGUCCCCGUCCCCCUGCCUCCCGUCGAAUCGCGACUGGGCAGACGGAGCGAGCAGACGCAUGAAGAGACGGUCUUUGUCCAGCAGCGGGGCUUCCUCAAUCUCGACUCGUACUACACCUGGGCUCAACAGGAGAAAGCCUCGGGCUAUCUGCCGACAGCAUUCAACCACUUUCUCACCGAUCUCUCUUCCUCCACCGUCGCCCUACUCAUUGCUCUCUUUUCUCUUCUCUCGUCGACGACGUCCUACAGCGCGACAAACGGCAUGCCUCCUUCGAAGCUCGCUCGUCUCUUUGGUCCCCUCCUCUUUGGUCUACCAGAGGAUGACACGUUUGAAAGGACGUACGAUGCCUACGUCAAGGCUGGCAACGCUACUGAGCAUCUCCUGCUAGCCUACAUCAGAGACACUGGAACACUCGAGACGCUUCCAACGAAGCUGGCAUCGCACAUCCAAGGAUACCCCAACAUGCUCUCGUCCGAUAUCUUUCUCCCGUCGAGAGGCGUGAAGAGCGUGCCCAUCACGUCGAUCGAGCGAACAGUCAGGCUGUACAGUGUCGAUCUUGUAAAGACGGCCUGCGAGUUCGAUCUGGGACAGAUUUCUGAAGAGUGGGCUGCUUGCUGCACAGACGAUGACCACCAUGGCCGGGAUCCCCAGCUGUCCGAUCGGUAUCGCAAGCUAAUCAAUCUGCGGGGAAGCGCCAAGCAGGGUCGAUCCAAGAACCAGAUCAAGUACGAUGGCGGGCUCAGCAGCAGGGAACAGGCAAGCAGCCCGGGUCCAGACAUCGAGUCUUACUCCACAUUGGCCUCCAAGGAGUGGGGCGACUUCAUGACUGAGGGAUUCGCCGCACCGGAUGAGUCGAAGCUGGCCUUUGACUUGCGCGAGAGUGAGAGGAAGGCGCGAUCACAAAAGCGCGAGACGGUGCAGUGGUCCGACUUUGAGACGUCUGGCUUCUCCUUUGCCGACGACGGCCUCGCCUCUGUUCUUUCAUUUAACGAUUCGCUCCAAGACGAUGUCAAGAAGUGGCCAGAGGAAAAACGGGAGCUCAUGGACAAGCUCCGGCAGAGAACGAUGGCCCUGCCGCCGUUUCCUUAUGACUCCACGCCUCAUGUUCUUGCCAGCCCUUCCAAAGACGGCAAUCCCUCAGGACAGUGGAACGAAAGGCCCGUGUCGAAGAUGGAUGAAGUGUUCGCAGAGGUCUGGGCAGACUACCUGCUGGGCAACGGCUGGAGCAACCGAGACGAGGUGACGCACAGAGGGGCCAAUUUCGUCGUUGUCCAGUACAAGAGCCGGCCCACACCUUCGACGGUGGGAUCGCAGAGCACUGGCGCUUCGUCGAGGACCAGCGCCGUGGUGCCUUCUCGCGACGAAUUUGGCCAGUCGGUCGCCCCAGAUCCGCGAUCGGACGCUGCGUGGUUCGUCAUCCAGGAAGUCGUCCCGCAGCAAUACCGCAGCGAGCUUGAUGCUGCAGGCAGGCUCAAGAACCGGAGCAGGCCUAGUAUCAGGAAGCUCAACAUUUUCAAGCGCUCAAGCAAGAAGGGUCCCAAUGUUCACCAGAACCAAAUCUUGGAAGACCCCAACGAUGUCUUCCGGGCGGGUUAUGGUGGACCGACGAAGCGCAUCGUCCUCAAGGACCCUGUGACGUCUAUCUUCGGUGCCUCGCCCGACCUUCGAAGAUCUUCUUCGAAUUCAAUGUCUCGAGGCUUCACCUCCAAUCGCAGGCAGCAAGGCGCGUCUGAUCCCACAGGGACCAAUGGCGACGGUGGAGAGGCGGGCGGGCUCUCUGGCGGUCAGAGGCUGCUCACGACCCUAAGGUCGAAGACGACUAUGACCCGACGCAAGCACGGUCGUGACGAAGAUAUCUUGACCCCCCCGCUGCCUCCUCCGAAAUCGCCCGCUACUGCCCUGUCUCCACCACGAAUGGGCGCUGACGCUGCGCACCAUCAGAAAGACGGAUCGUUUGGCUCGUCAGACUUUGACACGAGGAGCCUGCAGGACAACGAUGUGACCCUGGUCGGCCCAUCGCGAAACAAGCUGAUGAGCAAGGUGAAGCGGCAGAGCAAGGAUGAUUCAUGGCUCGACAUCAUGCUCAAGGCAAAUGACUUCCGGAUGGCCGGGCAAGACGCCGAGAUGGGCCACUCAAGAAAUCUGACGUCUGCGAAAUCAAAGAAGACAGACACCCUCGGUAAUGCAAAUGGCGAGCGAGCGACUGGGCUGAGCGUUCCAGAUGUUGCUUCUCGCGACGACUACUCAUCGAGAAAGGGAUCGAGCUCCUUUGACGCUGGAUCCAGGACCCCGACGGGGCGGGCUUCUGACGCGCCCACCACCUACAGAUCGCCCUUUGACGACGGGCUCUCGCCGGCUGAGGCUGGCGCUGCGGCUGCAGCAUCGGUUGCAAGGUCGCAGACCCUCGAAGAAGCAAAGACACCAGUCGUCGCAGCGCCUGGUUGGUCACAUGAAAAGGUUGCGGGAGUUGCGCCCUCAUCCGCGUCUUCCAAACAUGGUCUUGGCAUCUCGCAGGACCCAAAGAUGGUGGCGCGUCCCGAUAUGCAUAUCAUGCCUCUAGACUCGGGCGAGAGCCAGUUGUCGUACCUGUCUGGCGGUGAUGACGAUGAGGCGAAAGACGAGCGCGCACGAUCGCUCACCCCACCGAAGGUUGCUGGAAGAACAAACGGCAGCGAUGGACGGAGGAGCACCUCUCCGUCCGCCAUCUCGGCCACCUCCACGUCGACCUCUGCACGAGGGAAAGAGCAGAGAGAAGACGAGGCCAAGCCUUACCUCAAACCCGUUGCGCCCAAGGUCCUUGGCACAGCCGAAGAGCUCAAGGACCGUGAGAAGCAACGCGAAGCGCGGAUCAAGGCGGCCCAAGAUCGGGCGAGGGAGCUUCGAGCAAACCUCACACCAGUCGAGGUGGCGGCAGACAAGAAGAAGCAGGAUGAUGAGGCCACCUCGCCUGCAUCGUCGAGCAAGAGUGGGAAGGUGCCCUCCACGCUGGCUCCACUCGACAAUCCGUUUGCAAAGAAUAGGACAACGGGAAGGGUGUCGAGCAUUGCCAGCAAGUUUGGUGGCGCUAGCAAGUCGCCUGUCGGUGCGCUCACACCUCAGAACACGGGCCCAAGUACAAAUGCUCUCACGCCUCAGAGCACAGGGAACGGUUCAAAGGACAGUGCGGAGCCUGUCAGCCCGAGCCCGAGUCCCCGAGUGUCCAAGCCAGUCACAAGGGUUCCUGUGCCUGCUUCUUCGCCUCCCUCCACCAAACAAGCACCCAUCCCAGGUUUCAGCAACUCGACUCCCGUGUCCUCUUCCUCGUCGUCACACAUGGGCUCCUCUUCUCCCGUGGCACCUCGACCCUCCUCGCCUCAGCUCCUUGCAGAUCCCAACGCCGAGCCACCUCCUCGACCGUCGCUCGAUUCUUCCACGGCUCCCAGCAUCUACCCAGACGAUGCUGCGUCCAACUUUUCCCGAGACACGUCCGAAGACGGCGGCGAUGGCGGCGGACGCGCGUCGCUGCAGCAACGCUUUGCCAUGAGCACAGGCGCCUUCAGUGGCUCGCCCAUGGUCGAUGCCGAGAGGGAAAGGGAAGACAGUAGGUUGGAGAGAGAAGAGGGCCAGGACAAGUCGACGCCCAUGCCGCUAGACCUGAGCCUUCCGCCAAGCUUCCGGCAGCCAUAUCAGCCUGGCAUGCCGCUGAGCAACCUGGAAGAGGAGAGCGAGAGCCUCCUCUCGGGCAGCAAUGUCUGAAAACAUUCUCAACCCGGAUAUCUUUACCUUCUUCGCAGUCCCUCUUACUUCCAUACCUUGCGUUGCUUUAUUACUCUUGAUGCCCUCACUCUUUUUAUCAUUUCAGUUUCAAUCUCUUGUCAUUUCUCUCAGCAUGUCGUGCACUUCUUUCACUUCCACCUUUCAAUUUUCUCCCAUCAUUGAGUCAAUUC